CUGUCUCCAGCGCUAAGUUCAUAUGCAUGUGUGUAUCUAUGCAUGUAUAUGUGUGCGAAUGUGUGGGUGUGUAUUGGACAUAAUGCGUUGCGCUGGAUUACCCCACUCUUCUGUAUUGUGCAUCUAGUGCUGAGAAUACUUAAGUGGAAGUCUUUGAACAUUGGCCCUUGAGGGACCAUGGUGGGGGUCAGACUCAGAGUCGCUCUCUUGCUCCUCCUGCUGGCUAUGAGGUGCAUAGCACAUGAAGAAUUCAAGAAGAACGGAUGUGUUUGUGGACACCCAGGAAUACCAGGAGACCCAGGCCACAACGGAAUGCCAGGCCGAGAUGGACGAGACGGGUUCAGAGGUGACAAGGGAGACCGAGGGGAAAUUGGCGUCACUGGACCAACAGGACAGAGUGGCCCCAUAGGAGACAAAGGAGAUCUGGGACCGGCUGGCCUGGCAGGAAUUAAGGGAAAAUGGGGUGAGAAUGGAGAGAAGGGGCCACCGGGGAAGAUGGGGCCCCAAGGAGUCUCAGGGCCCAUGGGCCUCAAGGGCCAGAAGGGGGAGCUCGGGUUACCAGGACCCCAGGGGCCAAAAGGGGAUUUGGGGCCUCUGGGACCUGAAGGGCAGAAGGGGGAGAUCGGGUUCCAGGGGGUGCGAGGCAUCCAGGGGCCCUUGGGACCCCCAGGACGACCAGGUCCGAAGGGAGACCUCGGCCCCCCAGGGUUCAAAGGCAACAUUGGUUACCACGGAGAGCAAGGGAACCGGGGCGAGACAGGGGACAAGGGGGAGAAGGGGGACACAUUAUUCAUCCCAAAAAGUGCGUUCUCAGUGGGUUUAACCGAAUACACCAAACUCCCACCGGCUAACGUGCCGAUCAGGUUCGACAAGGUGAUCUACAACAGGCAGGACCGUUACGACCCACAGACCGGACGGUUCACCUGCGCUGUGGCUGGGGCCUACUACUUCACCUACCACAUCACUGUGUUCUCCCGUAAUGUUAAAGUAGCAUUAGUGAGAAACGGGGUGAAGGUGAUCCACACCAUGGAUAACUACCAGAGCAGUGAGGACCAGGCAGCAGGCGGGGCUGUCCUGCACCUGGAGAAGGGGGACAAAGUGUGGCUGCAGGUGGAUGGAGGAGAGCUCUUGAACGGGCUGUUUGCUGAUGAAGAUGAUGAUACAACCUUCUCUGGGUUCCUGCUCUUUGGUGCAGAUUAGGCUCACAUGGCUCAGUGAAUUUGCUCGUGGAAUGUUACGUGGGAAAUUCACAAAAAACUAUGUGUUAUUAUUACCACCUGUUAUAGAUGAAUUGAAUAGCCUACAAUAAUAAUAAAUAUUUUAAUCAAAUAUGAAUAUAAAUUAAACAACAGGUUUGUGUAAUAUUUUGAUGCUACAGCUGAUAUAGCCUAUCAUUUAAGAUAAUCUCUCCCCUGAUAACUCACCAAUCAUUUAAGAUCAUCUCUCCCCUGAUAACUCACCAAUCAUUUAAGAUCAUCUCUCCCCUGAUAACUCACCAAUCAUUUACAUUUUACAUUUUAGUCAUUUAGCAGACGCUCUUAUCCAGAGCGACCAAUCUAUGGCAGA